CCCGUCGCCAUACAUACGGCGGCCGAAACAAAAUAUCCCAGGAAACAGCGCGCGAACCACCACCAAUCUUGUACCCGAGGACGCGCGCCGUGCGCCACGCCAUGGCCGCCGUCACCAGCAGCACCGCUUCCCUCUGCCCGGCCGCCGGCCUCCCUUCCUCCUCGUCGUCGUUCAGGCGCAAGUCCAGCAGCAACCACGGGAGGAGGCCCCAGGCGGCAACAGCAUGCCACUGCCGCCCUGCUCGGUACACAACUCUGCUGGAAGGAGGGGUGGCCCGGAGGGAGGCCCUGUUCGGCAUCCUCCUCUCCGCCUUGGCGGCGCCGGCGCUCGCUCCUGCGGGUGCUCCGGCGGCGGCCGCCGAGGGCACCGAGUUGCAGGAGGGCUUCACCACGUACGAGGAUGAGGCCAACAAGUUCAGCAUUGCGGUUCCACAAGGAUGGCUGAUUGGCGCGGGCGAGUCCAGCGGCAUCAAGUCCGUCACGGCGUUCUACCCCGAGCAGGCCGCCGACUCCAACGUCAGCGUCGCCAUCACCGGGAUCGGGCCGGACUUCACCAGCCUCAAGUCCUUCGGCGACGUCGACGCCUUCGCCGAGGGCCUGGUGAACGGCCUGGACAGGAGCUGGCAGAGGCCGCCGGGGCUCGCCGCGAAGCUCAUCGAUUCCAGGGCGGCAAACGGCCUGUACUACGUGGAGUACACGCUGCAGAACCCCGGCGAGCGGCGGCGGCACAUCCUCUCGGCCAUCGGGAUGGCGUCCAACGGAUGGUACAACCGCCUCUACACGGUGACAGGCCAGUACAUCGACGACGAGGAGUCGGAGAAGUACAGGCCCCAGAUAGAGAAGGCGGUUCGAUCGUUCAGGUUGACAUGAGUGGUCUUGGCUUCGCUCUGUGUAGUAUUCAGAGAUGCACGGUAUGCAGGGAAGAGAUCAAGAGGUGGUGGAUGGAUUGAUGGAAACCCAAGUUCAGGAACGAAACUCUUACGCUUGUAAAUCGACCAACAUUCAGCUUUCAUGUCUUAGAUAAAUGCGGCGUUCCUUGGGAGCUUCGAAUCAUCGAAUGCGACACUCAUUUCUCAAAAACGUGUAACAAAUGAGUGAUCAUGUUUUCCCAGAGGUGUAACAAGUCUUUUUUUUCACCCUGAAAAAACUACUUUUUUCAUUUUCUCUCUCUCCCUCCCCCCUCUCUCUCUGGGGUCUCUGUUGUUGUGCUUUUUUUUAGAACACCGGGUUUAUAUUCAUAAAUAUUUUUUGGUGGUUA